GCGGCGUAGUCAUUGUUUACUUUUUCUCGCUUCACUUCUAAACAUAAAAAAUUUUAAAUUUACGGCUCUUUGAUCAAUUAUAAAAAUCAUAUUCCACUCUUCUUCAUUUAAACCUUAAUUAAACUUCAGUUGAAACUUAAAGAGAACUUCAUAAUGUCGCGACCAUUAAGUAUUCCUCAUCCAGAAAAUCCGCUUCAUAUUUCGUGGCAUGAUAGUAAUUGGAUUCCUUUCUUGAAUGCUUCGAAUGUUAUGGAUUACUUCUCUGACAAAUCCAACUCGUUUUACGAUCGAACAUGUAACAAUGAAAUUGUGAAAAUGCAACGUCAAAGUAUGGAACAGUUGAAAAAUAUGGUUGGUGUUGAGUACAUCCUGUUGCAUGUGAAAGAACCGAUUUUAUAUGUCAUAAGAAAGCAACAUCGUCAUUCUCCAGAAGAUACUACACCUUUAGCUGAUUAUUACAUCAUAGCUGGAAGAGUCCAUCAGGCUCCCGAUCUUGCAAGUGUCUUCAAUUCAAGAAUCUUAUCAACUGUUCAUAAUCUGGAACAAGCAUUCGACGAUGCAAUUUCCUAUGCAAAGUUUCAUCCGACAAAAGGAUACAGUUGGGAUUUUUCAGUCGGUAAAACCAUCACAUCCGAAGAUAAUAAAGAAAUAAAGAAAGAAAAGGCAAGAGAAGAACCAAGCAGUCAAUUUCAAAGACAGCGUGUUGACAUGCUUCUUGGUGAGUUACUUCGAAAGUUUCCAAUCCCACAAAUUGUCCCACAAGAACAAGUCACAAAAGCUGAUGAUGAGAAAUCUGGAACGCAAAAGAACGACACCAAUAAAGAUCAGACACCAACCAUCAAACAAGAACCAAUGGAUACAAACACAAAUGACAGCGUUGGAUCUCAAAAUCAAGUGAAACAGGAUAAUCAUUUUAAUUGUUUCGAUUUGGAAAUGAAUCUUGAACAAAGCUUUAUUAUUAAAGCACAAAAUGAGUUAAAUGAAACAUCAGACAUAAGAUCACAAUCUUUAAAAGAUUUCCGGGAAUGGAUUGCAAAACAUGUUUAUUUUGCCAACUGUCGACAAGAUGAUUUAUUUUUACUUCAGUUUCUUAGAACAAAGAAAUUUCGCUUUGACAAAUCUACAGAAUUAUUUGAGAAUUAUCUGCUGCUGAAACAUUCAGUACCGAGAUGGUAUGACUUCACUGAUGGCGUCUUUUCAAGAAUGUGGGCACUUUAUGAGUCGAAAGUUGCAUAUCCACUGAUGGAGAGAGAUAAAGAAGGACGUCGAAUUAUUUUAGUGCAAGCAAGAAAUGUUGAUCAUAAAAUUUUCACAGCUUCAGAUUGCAUUCAACUUUUAACAUGGAUUGCAAGAGUUAUUCUUGAGGAGGAAGAAACUCAAAUCUCUGGCAUUGUCACUGUGAUGGAUCAAUCAGAUAUCACUUUUGGUCAUCUCCGAUUAUUCUCUGUAAAAGAUGCAAUUGAUUUUGUGUCGGUAAUCAAACAAGGAUCAGUUGGAAGGCAGAAGGGAAUGUACAUUGUGGCAUUGCCGUCUUUCGCUUCUUUCAUGUUAGAAGUAGCUAAAAAAGCUACAAAUGAAAAGUUGAAGAAAAGAAUUCAUGUUGUCGAAAAUAUGGAUAAAUUAAUGACAUUACUCGAUCCAUCAUUAUUUCCCAAAGAACUUGGUGGUUCAAUUCCUGAAAUCGAAAUGAUGGAAAGUUUCAAAAAAACUGCAUUUCAAAGAAAUGAUCUUGUGAGGUCAAUUCAAGAAGGAGUUGAUUGGGAUCGAGUGGCUUUUGAUGGCGACAAUUCAUCGUGAAUGGAGCUCAUAACUUUUAUGUUUAUUUUAUAUGCAAUUUGGGAUUUUAACUACUUCCUGAGAUGUCUGUUCACUUUAGGAUUCGCUCACUUCUUUCAAAAGAAGCGUAAAGUGACUGAAAAAACUACAAUUUAUGGUUUAUGUACAACACAAGACGUAGAUAUCUUCAUACGUCACAUGAACAAUGCCAGAUAUCUGCGCGAGUUGGACUUUGCCAGAUUCCAUUUUUACGGAUUAACUGGUAUCUAUGCUGCUAUCAAAAAGCAUGGCGGUGGUGCUGUUCAAGGUGCAAGCUCGGUUCGAUAUCGUCGAACGAUUCCUAUCUUCAAUGCGUAUAAAAUUGAAACUGAACUUGUUUGGUGGGACGACAAAGCAAUUUAUUUAGAACAAAAAUUCGUGACUUUCGAUGGUUUUGUAAGAGCAGUUGCAAUGUCAAAGCAAUGUGUGACUAAAGUUAAUGUUAUGGAAUUAAUGAAAGAAUUUGUAAGUGGUGAACGACCACAACAACCAGAAGAAUUAAAAACUUGGCUAGAGGCAAUUGAAACAUCAAGCAAGAAAUUAAGAAAAGAUGAAUAAAUUUCAUUCACAAUUUCGAAUAUUUAAGGGUAAAGGUAUUUGAGAAUAUGAUUAUCAACUUCUGUAAUCUCUCAGGUCAGGCUUGUUUGAAACUUUACAUUGAACUCAAUGAUAAUUAAUUUUAAUUUUUGGAGAUUAUACCGGUAACUUUCAUAACAAAAAUAAUUAAUAAAAAUGUUGAAGAUUUC